CACGCGCGUCGUCAAUCUUCGUGCAGGCGGCAAGCCUCGUGGUGCUAUAGUUAUUACGGCCUGGGAGAGUUCUGAGCAACCCCGCAGUUUGGGUUGGCUGGUGGGUCUGGGCACGUCAGGCGAAGUCGCUCGAGUCCGCUGGGAUGCGAGGAGAGGAGGGAGGAAGUCUAUUGAGACGAGAAGCUUAUUCCACGAGCUUUCCUCGUGUCUACAGACGAAGGAUCAGUCCAAAACAAGGCUAUGAAGGCACCGGAAUGACGUUUGGGGAAGAUGAGCGCCUUCUACACUAUCGCAGGGCGCUUUGGAGAACUCGCGAAGAGCUGUCCAUGGUGAACUCUGUAACGAGGCUGCGAGUGUCUCGAAGACGCGAACCGUCGUGCGUUGCAAGGAUUUCGUCUUACUCAAGGAUUACUCAAGGACUCGUAACGCGUUCGUUGACCCCCUCAACGACAGAAGAAGCGCCACUGUGGAUGACUCGACACGAUCAGUACUCAGCCAUCGAUCAUCGUGUAGGGCGAUUGAGGUGUUCAAUUGCUCGAUGCAAGAAGGCGAGAAGGCUGUCAACCCCCACCUCGACCCCAGAGUGCAUGUUCUGUGAGGUAAAAAGCAGGCCACGAUUAUCUUUAGCUAAGUCUAGGCUCGCAAGCGAUAUCGGACGGCAGCCACGAGCUCUGAUCACCGCUUCCCCGCUGAUGCAGCUCCAGGGGCAGUGGACGACGGGCGAUGCUCGAAGCAUGAAUGUCUGUCCACCCGUUGCACACCAGAGCGUCGUCGUGGACUGGAUCGUCCACAGAAGGCAGGUUUCGUCCUCCCGUGAGCUGCCCUUCAGUUGGUCCAUGUGUGCGCGCUGUGAUCCCGAUGGAACAACGAGGCUGCGGAAUCAAAAUUUGCUGUAAUUCGCUUACUAGGGUAUUUGCCGACGGUGGUCAGAACUCAGCUGGACGUCAACGUGAGAGCCGUUACGACACCUCCUUGCAACGAGGCAGAGAAGACGUGCUCAACCGUUCAUGCGUAGAUAGCAUAGGAGAAGCAUUGCCUGUUUGUUGUAUAUGCGUACUGCGCAGCGAGAGAAAUUUGGGAUCCUCCGGCGGCGAUAGUGCGCAGAUGGCCGUGCUGCUCAGUGCCGGUAGUUGGGAUCUCAAAGGAUACGGGGAAGACUGGACGGCGCGAUCAUAAUCUUUUGAAUGGGAUGACUUGAUAUUACCAAACGCAGGAAGUACAAGGAGGCCGAGGGCUGU